AUGUAUUGGUUUACAGAAAAUUGUAUUGAUAAAGAUUCAAUACUGCAUUUAACAUCAAAUUUAAUAAAAGAAUUAAUUCCGCAAGUUGGACUCAGAAUUAAAUUUAACAAAAAAUGGCAAGAACACUUCAAUGAAGCAAAAGAUGUAACGCUUGAACGGGACAAAAAUACUGACGUACAUAUACAUAAUUCUCCAUCUCAUGAAGAGAUCAGCGAUGAAGAAAAGGAAAAUGUCACUGGAUCGUCGACAUUCAAAAAAUUACAGCGACCCUCUGUUAAAAAUAUUUUACAGUCAACAAUGCAAGGGCAAGCAAUUUUGAAAUGCUAUACUAAAAGUAAAUUAUUAAGCCGAAAAUGCCGAAAUAUUAUUUUAUUGACAUUAUUCAUCAGGCAAUUAAAAAAUGAAGAUUUCUGUGCAUUAUCCAAAGAGAUUGAACAUCUAUUCCCUACAGAAACACGUUUCACCUAUUAUAUUGCACCUAUAACAAAGAAGUUUUCAAAAACUAAUAAAUCUAUCACUUCUCGCGGAAAACUUGUUGACAAAUACAGGAAUAAAAUACGAGAUUACAGAAAACUAACAGGAAAUACUUUAUCAGAAAGCGAAUAUACAUGUAGUACAAGUUGUACUAGCGAUUUUGAAGAUGAAAUCGAGGUGCCUGAAAGUGUAUUGUGGCUCCAAACUAAUUUAUCACCUUGGCAGUUAGUUGAAAAUCACUGGAAAGUUUCUACAUCAUACAGACGAAAUCAAAUUCAGUCAUCCUCAAAUAAAAGCAUUUCUGAUAUUUUUGCUAAUUGGCCUAUUUUGAAGCAUCCUUCGGCAUACCUCUUGAUUGAUGAGGAUUUCAAAUUCUUAAAAUUAACAUCAGAGAAUUGCGUGGACAAUUGGUUUAAAUUUUUUUCUCAGAUUCAGAAAAUUUGUCCUUUAAAAGAAGAUAAAGUUGCGAUCGAAUUAUGUUCUAUACUCGAAACUGACGAUUUAAUGGACAAUAAAAUUCGUGUGAAAAAAGAACAUUAUAAACCAUCAAUAAGUGAAUGUAAAGAUAGUAUCAUAUUACAUGCAAAGAUUCAUGGAGAUAUAAAUCGUAUUCAAGAAGAAAAGGAAAAGAGAGCACUUCAAUUAAGAUUAACAAUACAACCAUAUAUAAUAGUUGUUGGCUGUACCCUUGCGGAAGUAAACGCAUUUUAUGUUUGUAUUGAUAAGGUACUCUAUCAAGUUUCAACAGCGCUAGCAGCAAUUGAUUUGUGUUUCAAAAUAUUUCAUGUCUUUGACGUUACUUAUCCGCCAGAAAGUGAGCAUAUAUGGAACAUAAUACAGCUCUGUCUGUAUAAGUUCUCGACUAAGUCCGAUAAACAAAUCUCAUAUGUGAUGCCAAUUAUAAAUACUUUAACUAACGAUAAGUCUCACUCCACAGAUGAUUAA